CAGUGCACAACCCGGCUGCGUGGAGCGUGCGUCCCCCGCAGCCUGGGGGAAUGGAAGGUGCAGCCAGCAGCGGCUCAGAGUGGCUAAGGCAGUGGGCCGUGCCCAAGUCUCCUCCCUUUGGCUGGUCGCAGGCCCACAAUUCGAGCAUCUCGGAGGCCAUGGCCACCCCGCAGCUUUUCCGAGCGUUCGUGUCUGCUCAGUGGGUGGCGGAGGCUCUGAAGUCCCCGCGCGCCUCGCAGUCGCUGAAGUUACUGGACGCAUCCUGGUACCUGCCCAAGCUGGGCCGCAACGCGCGACUCGAGUUCGAGGAGCGCCACAUCCCCGGCGCCUCCUUCUUUGACAUCGAUCAUUGCAGCGACCAUACGUCGCCGUAUGAUCACAUGCUGCCUAGCGCCGCGCACUUCGCAGACUACGCGGGAAGCCUGGGCGUGGGCUCCACCACGCACGUCGUGAUCUACGAUGGCAGCGACCAGGGCCUCUACUCUGCUCCGCGGGUCUGGUGGAUGUUCCGCGUCUUCGGCCACCGCUCCGUGUCGCUGCUGGAUGGCGGCUUCCGCCACUGGCUGAGCCAGAACCUGCCAGUCAGCUCUGGCAAGAGUCACCCAGAGCCCGCGGAGUUCCACGCACAACUAGAUCCCUCCUUCAUCAAGACUCACGAGAAUAUCCUGGAGAACCUGGAGGCCCGACGCUUCCAGGUGGUGGACGCCCGCGCAGCUGGCCGGUUCCGGGGCACCGAGCCAGAACCCCGAGAUGGCAUCGAACCUGGCCAUAUCCCUGGCUCAGUAAACAUCCCGUUCACUGAAUUCCUGACCAAGGAGGGGCUAGAGAAGAGCCCAGAGGAGAUCCGACGCCUGUUCCAGGAGAAGAAUGUAGACCUGUCCAAGCCCUUGGUAGCCACAUGUGGCUCCGGUGUCACCGCCUGCCAUAUAGCCCUGGGGGCCUUCCUGUGUGGCAAACCCGAUGUGCCUGUCUAUGAUGGCUCCUGGGUAGAGUGGUACAUGCGUGCCAGCCCUGAGCAUAUCAUCUCCGAGGGCCGAGGGAAGACCCAGUGAAGCCAGGCAGGACACGGUACGGCUCAGGUGACAUCUGACCAUCAUGGUGCCAGCCUGGUGGCUCCUACUCUGCUUUGCCAAGAGUCCUUCCUCAGACAACUCAGGAGGUGUUUGGGGUGACAUCCAAGAGACCAGGAAUUCCAGUGACUCAUAGGCACCCAGUUGGAAGUAGCAAAGCAGGAGGCAGUAAGAGGGUACCCAGGGGAGGGAGGGAGGCCAGACAGUAGAACAGCCUGCAUGGUGCUCAGCUGGGCCCCUCCCCAGCUUAUCUCGCUGUUGGAAAAUAAAACGCCAAGCACAAAACUGGUGUGGCUGUGAGAAUGUCUCGGUUUCAUGAGGAGCAGGGGAUUCCUGAACACCCAGCAGAGGUUGUUUUGGUUCCUCCCAGUCUGGAGGAACCAUUGUUGCCUUCAAGUGAUGCUGGGGUCCCAGAGACCCUGUUCCCUGUCAUCUGUAAUCCCAGAGUCCUCCUCUGCCUUCUGGGUUCUUCAUUUGCAUGUUAUUUGCACGUGUAGGAAUGUGCAUGUGUGUCGAGAUGAGAGGACUUUCUCUGCUGUUCCUCAAACACCAUCCACCUUGUUUCUCGAGACAGGGUUUCUCAUUGGUCAAGAACUCACCAAGUAGGCUAGCCUGGCCUGCCAGGGAUCCGCCUGCCUCUAUCCCUACGGUGCUGGUGUGGCGAGCGCACAGCACCGUGGCAAGCACACACCAC